ACCAAAGCAGAACGGAAAUAACACAAAAACGGUGAAACCUGCGGUCGUGAAAAAGGGGAAAAGGCCACGGCGAGCAAAAUUUUGAUCGUCAAGGAUGCCUCUCAAACAUUAGUGACCAUCGAUUUUUAUCAGUCAGCCAAUUGCUUCAUAUAGGGAAUAUCUUCGAGUUUGAAAAUAGGGUGCAAUUCAAUCCAGUUACAAUACAACUCAAACUAGAAAUAAAAAGGAGUGCAAGGCCAAGCAAAAGAGAAGAGAGGUGGCCAUGAUUUACACAGCCAUAGACACAUUCUAUGUUACGGAGGAGCAAAUUGCAAAGUCUCCGUCGAGGAAGGAUGGAAUCGAUCUCGAGACGGAGACAACACUGCGUGUGUAUGGCUGCGAUUUGAUUCAAGAGAGUGGCAUUCUCCUCAGGCUGCCGCAGGCGGUUAUGGCCACCGCGCAGGUUCUCUUUCAUCGAUUCUAUUUCAAAAAAUCAUUUGCGCGAUUUAACGUUAAGAGAGUUGCGGCUAGUUGUGUAUGGCUGGCUGCAAAGCUCGAAGAAAGCCCACGGAGGAUUCAGCAGAUUCUCAAUGUCUUUCAUCGAAUUGAAUGCCGGCGAGAAGACCUGCCGCUUGAACCACUCGAACCUCACUCCAAGAAAUAUACUGAAUUAAAGAUGGACUUGAACAGAACAGAAAGACACUUGUUAAAGGAGAUGGGAUUUAUUUGCCAUGUUGAACAUCCUCAUAAAUUCAUUUUGAACUAUCUGGCUACAGUUGAGGCUCCUCCAGAGCUGAUGCAAGAAGCUUGGAAUUUGGCAAAUGAUAGCUUGCGGACAACAUUGUGUGUUCGUUUCAAGAGUGAGGUUGUAGCCUGUGGAGUUGUUUAUGCAGCAGCUCGUCGAUUCCAGGUUCCCCUUCCAGAGAACCCUCCAUGGUGGAAAGUUUUUGAUGCUGAGAAGCAUGAGAUUGAUGAAGUUUGUAGGGUUCUUGCCAACUUAUACAGGCAGCCAAAGGCUCGGUACAUUGAAAUAUGCAAAGAUUCAGAUUCCUUUGUAUUGACAAACAAGACAUGGGAUCCACCACCAGAUGCUAAGGAAACAUUGCUAAAAAGCUCAUCAAAUGGAGUAAAGGUAUCGAGUCAACCUGGCCCAUCCAAUGCAGAAUCUUCGGGCGGAAGGGAUGCAAUUGUAAAAGCAGCUUUAGACAAAUUGAAAGAAUCAAAGAAAAGUGAUGAUGAGACUUGUAAUGUAUCUGCUAAUGGAGAGUUGAGAGACGACUCUGCUGCAGCAAAAUCAAAACUUGUUAGUGACAGAAUGGAUGGUUCAGGAGACCGAAGUAAAGACAGAGAUAAAGAAAGAUCAAGACCCCGUGAUCAUGAAAGGCACAGGGAGGACAGAGACCGUGAACGAGAUAGAGGUAGAGAGUGGGAGAGGGAUAGAAAACGGGACAAAGAAUUAGAUAGGGAAAGAGAAAAGGGAAAAGACAGAUCACAUCUGAGCAAGGAUAGGAACAAAGAUACUGGUCAUUCAGAAAAGUCAAGACACCAUUCAUCUUCUCGCGAUCGUGAUUACCAAGGUUCUUCCUACAGCAAUUCUCGAGAAAAGGAGAAACGUAGACAUCAUCCUUAUGGUUGAUAUUUUGGCUUGCUCUUUUCUUUUAAUUGAUUCGUCUUUGUUUACAAUCUAUAAUCUACAGUAGCUGCAUACCCAUAUGUUCUUUGUUUAUGAAUAUCUGGGAAUACAUUUUAUCUGUAGAAGACAGUUUGUAUGUAAAUUUCAAGUAUAGAUCAAUGAAAUUAUUUUUAGCAUUUUAGUA